UAAAAACCAAAGGCUAGGACCUGCGUCUCUAACCUUCCAUCGGCAGCCGUCUCUUCCCCCCGAAAGAGUUUUCAUUCCUUUCAAUUUGUGAUCAAAGUUUUUCUUAGUUCAUCAAAUCUUAGACCUGAUAUAAAAGAGGAGCUUGCCGGAAGACGUUAUCAGGGUGCCAUACUUAUUUGAGUAGUUUCAGUUCAGCUAAUACAGAUACUAAAGGUAAGGCCAAGGCCUAGGAAGGUGAUGAGAGAGUGGAACGCGUGCCAAGAUGAGUUGACGGGGACGACCUUGGCGGCUUCCAGCUAGCUAUUAUUAUGUCUCAUUAUUUUAGAUAUUACUCUAAGGAGUUUAUUAUUAUUAUUACUUUUUUUAUUUAUGGUUUGAAGUUUGAAUAAAUUCCUGGAUCCAGGUGGUUGUCACAUUUGCUAGUGAUAACUAGAAUUUUAAUGAGUUUUAUUUGGAGUUACAUCUUAGGUAUAUUUGAGAUUUUAUCAGGGUUAUUUCUUAAACAAACGGCCGUUAUAUUGCAGUUUAUUUUUUUUAAAGUAGUAUGCUAGAGUAACGAUUCCUUUUACCCUGAGAGGGGCGUUACAAGUUUGGUAUCAGAGCCCAGGUUGUCCCGUAACUUCAUCUGUCACUGUACACGUACUCAUCAUCUUCCAAGUGCCUUAAGAAAAUGAGGAGAACCCGUGGUAGCAAUGCACAAGGGAACAGUAAUGAGCAAGGAAACAAUCACGAGCAAGAUUUGGUAGGUAUUGUAGCGCAACUUCAGAGGCAGUUGCAGGAGCAGCAACAGAUCAUCGACCGUUUGACCGCGAACAAUCAAAGGGGCGGAGCUCAAGGAGGAAAUGCUGGUAAUAAUCAAGGCGUGGGAAACGGAGCACCGAGGCGAGAACCCCUAAUGAUCACUUGGAGGAAGAUCAAGCCCGCAGAUUUUGAGGGGGGUCCUGACCCUCUAGCUGCUCAGGGAUGGCUGAAGACCAUUGAAGGCAUUGUCAAUGGUUUGGAAUUGGCAGAUAAUGACAAGGUUCGAUGCGCAUCCUAUAGCCUCACUAUGGAUGCUCGAAUAUGGUGGGAGACGGUCGAAGCAAGGUAUAACGUUGCGCAAAUGACAUGGGAGCAGUUCAAAGAGGAGUUCACCAACCAGUAUUUCAAUGCUAGUGUCACACGUAAGUACCAGGAUGAGCUUCAGAAUCUACGUCAGGGAACCAUGGAUGUAGCAACCUUGGCGGCACAAUUUCAGAGACUACUACGUAUUUGCCCUACAGCUGCUCCGACAGAGAGGGAUAAGGUGAAGUUGUUCCUGAAAGCCCUUAGGAAGGAUAUAGCAGUUCACUUGGAGAACGGUAACCAGACCCCAGCUACAUUAGUUGACUGUGUCCUUAUAGCAAGUCAAAAGGAGUACUACCUUUCUACCGAUCCAGUGCCCGCUCAGCCGCAACCUGUGCCAUCACAGCCACAGAAUCAGCCACAGGGAUACACGAAUAAUUCGAAGGAUAACAAGAAGAGGAGCUUCAAGGGCAGUAAUGGAAAGGGAGCUGGACAUCAUCAGGGACACCAGAAUAAACAGGUGAAGUUUCCGCCGUGUGCUAAAUGUGGCCGCAAUCAUCCCGGCCAAUGCAGGUUGGGUUCCAGAGUUUGCUACUCUUGCGGUCUAGAGGGUCACAUCUCCAGAGAAUGUCCAAGAAAGAAUCAGCAAGGCUAUCAGUUUGUCCAGACACCAAGAAAUUCAGCACCUUCAGCGGUUGUCCAUAAUAUGCAGGCUUAUCUAGAAGGACCAUCCAUCCAGCAAGGACGUCUUGAAGCACCACCAGAGGCCCCGGUUGCUAGAGUGUUCACCAUCUCAAAGGAAGAGGCAUCUAUAAAUCCCGGCGUUGUUACAGGUCAAAUACUUGUCCUAAACAGAUAUGCUAAUGUGUUAUUUGACACAGGAGCCACACAUUCAUUUGUAUCUCUUGAUUUCGCUAGAUUCUUAGCAACACAUCAAUAUAAGUUAGAUUAUAAGUUCACCACAUCACUUCCGUCAGGAGAGAUUAUGUUGUCGACGCAUUGGUUACGAGCAGUGCCAAUGAGCAUUUCAGGGAGAGAGUUAUUUGUAGAUCUGAUCGUACUCGACAUGAGGGAUUAUGAUGUAAUUCUCGGCAUGGAUUUUCUGCAGAAGUAUAGCGCUUCAAUUAUAUGUCGAAAAAGAAUUGUUAGUUUUGCGCCUGCAGGGUCUGAUCCUUUCUUGUUCCUUGGGGAACCAAAAGGAUCAGGGAAGGUGAUGAUUUCUGCAUUGAAAGCAAGGAGACUUAUUCGGAGUGGAUGUGAAGCUUUCUUAGCUCACAUAGUAGACAAGAACUCAGGGGAACUCACCCAGCUUUCUGAAGUUCCAAUUGUGAUGGGUUACAAUGAUGUAUUCCCCGAAGAUCUUUCAGGAUUACCACCUAGUAGAGAGAUUGAGUUCGAGAUUGAGCUGCUGCCCGGUACCGCACCGAUAUCCAGAGCACCAUAUCGAAUGUCCCCAGCGGAGUUGCAAGAACUCCAUAAGCAGUUGCAGGAGUUGCUAGAGAAGGGUUUCAUUCGGCCCAGUUACUCACCGUGGGGAGCUCCGGUAUUAUUCGUGAAGAAGAAGGAUGGCACAAUGAGGUUGUGCAUAGAUUACAGAGAGCUCAAUAAAGUGACUAUCAAGAAUAGGUAUCCCCUGCCUAGAAUUGAUGACCUGUUUGACCAGUUGAAGGGAGCAGUGAUUUUCUCCAAGAUUGACCUUCGUUCAGGGUAUCAUCAGCUAAGAAUCAAAGAAGGAGACAUCCCAAAAACAGCUUUCAGGUCGCGGUAUGGGCACUAUGAAUUUGUGGUUAUGCCUUUCGGCCUAACUAAUGCUCCAGCGGCGUUUAUGGAUUUGAUGAAUAGAGUGUUCAGGGAGUUUCUUGACAAGUUUGUCAUUGUUUUCAUUGAUGAUAUUUUGAUCUACUCAAAGUCUAAGGAGGAGCAUGAAGAACACUUGAGAGAAGUACUGGAGACACUGAGAAAACAUAAGCUAUAUGCUAAGUUUUCAAAGUGUGAGUUCUGGCUUGACCAUGUAGCAUUCCUUGGCCACGUAGUUUCAAAGCAGGGAGUUUCGGUGGAUCCCUCAAAGGUGGCGGCUGUUCAAGAUUGGAGCAGGCCAAAGAAUGCGAAAGAAGUUCGAAGUUUCUUAGGCCUUGCGGGGUAUUAUAGGAAGUUUGUGGAAGGCUUCUCUGCUAUAGCUCUUCCAUUGACUACCUUGACCCGUAAGGGUAAGAAAUUUGAGUGGACUGAUCGUUGUGAGAAGAGUUUUCAAGAGUUGAAAAAUAGGUUGACUUCUGCACCCGUUUUAGCACUCCCAGAAGGCAAGGAAGGGUUUGUUAUCUACACAGACGCAUCGAAGACGGGACUUGGAGCAGUUCUUAUGCAAAAUGAACGUGUUAUUGCGUAUGCAUCUCGGCAACUCAAGGAGUAUGAGGCAAAUUACCCCACCCAUGACUUGGAGUUAGCAGCGGUGAUUCAUGCCUUGAAGAUUUGGAGACAUUACUUGUAUGGAGUCCAGUGCAAGAUCUUCACUGAUCAUAAAAGUUUAAAAUAUAUAUUCACGCAGAAGGACCUCAACAUGAGGCAAAGAAGGUGGCUUGAGCUAGUGAAAGACUAUGAUUGUGAGAUUCUUUAUCACCCGGGAAAAGCCAACAAGGUAGCAGAUGCACUUAGCAGAAAGUCGUCUGCAACAUUAAUGGUUAUGAUGGAAAUGGAUCCAAAGCUGAGAAAGGAAAUUGAAGAUUUUGAGUUAGAGAUUGUAAAUGGGCGACUAGCGGCGAUGACAAUGACUCCGUCAAUAUUUGAGGACAUGGCUAUGAAGCAAGAACUUGAUCCCGAGUUAGUUAAGUUGAAGGAGUGCGUCAAGGAGGGAAAAUGUCCCGAUUUCCGUUUGGAUGAGAGUGGGAGAUUACUACUUCAAAACAGGUUGUGCAUUCCAGACAUCGAAGGGUUGAGGAAGCAGAUUAUGAAGGAGGCUCAUGACACACCAUUCACUAUGCAUCCUGGUUCGACCAAGAUGUACCAUGACUUGAAGAAAAACUUUUGGUGGUCUGGGAUGAAGAAAGAUGUUGCCAAGUUCGUCCAAUCUUGUUUGACGUGUCAACAAGUAAAGGCUGAACAUCAAAGACCAGGUGGAGAACUUCAGCCUAUCCAGAUUCCAGAGUGGAAAUGGGAUGAGAUAUCCAUGGACUUUAUUAUGGGUUUGCCGAAGACAACGGGAGGUUAUGACGCUAUAUGGGUUAUAGUGGACAGAUUGACUAAAUCUGCUCAUUUUAUCCCAAUUUCAGCAAGUAUAUCUUUGGAGAAGUUGGCAAAGUUAUAUAUUCAGGAGAUUGUGAGACUGCAUGGUGUCCCGAAAAGUAUUAUUUCUGACAGAGAUUCCAGAUUUACGUCUCACUUCUGGAAGUGUGUACAACAAUCUUUGGGCACGAAGUUGAAGUUUAGUACCGCUUUUCAUCCUCAGACCGAUGGCCAGACAGAGAGAACAAAUCAGAUCUUGGAAGAUAUGUUGCGGGCAUGCGCGCUAGAUUUUCAAGGAGGAUGGGCAAAACACCUUAGUCUGGCAGAGUUUGCUUAUAAUAAUAGUUAUCAAGCAACUAUCGGCAUGGCUCCAUAUGAGGCGUUGUAUGGGAGAAGGUGUAGAUCUCCCAUAUCAUGGUGUGAAACAGGAGAGAAGAAGAUCCUAGAAGAGGAACUGAAAGAGAGGACUGAGUUGAUAGAUGAGACCUCAGAAGCUAUUAAAACUAUCCGGCAAAGGAUAGAAUCCGCCCAGUGCAGACAGAAAAGUUAUGCAGAUGUUCGGAGGAGGCCUCUAGAGUUCGAAGUGGGGGAUUUUGUUUUCGUUAAGAUAACCCCGAUGAAGGGUGUGAUGCGGUUUGGAAAGAAAGGAAAGCUUAGCCCAAGAUUCACCGGACCAUAUGAGAUCACUCGACGAGUGGGGAAGGUAGCUUAUGAGCUCGCGCUACCUGAAGAGUUUUCUGGCAUUCAUAAUGUCUUCCAUGUUUCGAUGUUGAGGAAAUACUUUGCUGAUCCGGAGCAUGUUUUGAUACCCCCAACAAUAGAAGUGCAAAAUGAUUUGUCUUACGAGGAGAAGCCAGUACAAAUUCUUGACCGAGAGGUUAGACGUCUCCGGAAUAAAGAGAUAGCUCUAGUAAAAGUGUUGUGGCGAAAUGACAAAGUUGAAGAAGCUACUUGGGAGGUUGAGGAUGACAUGAGGCGGCAUUAUCCUGAGUUGUUCUAAGUUUCGAGGACGAAACUUUUAUAAGGUGGGAGGGGUUGUAACACCCCGAUUUUAGCGAUCUAGUUACUUUAAUCUUUUAUUUUAUGUAGUCAGUUAAAUAAGUUUAUUGUAUGAAUAAUGUGACUUAUUGUUUGUUUAUGUGUUCUGGCAGGUAACGUUGACCGGUAAGCUCUAAUAAUUAUAAGUGGAGAAAUAAGUAAUGUCUUAAAGCUUAAUCUAUUUAUUUCGAAAUAGAAAAUACUUUUGAUGUGUUAGAAUAUUAUAGAGUAAUUAGAAGCCCAAUUCAGUUAACUAAGCCCAAGUAAACAUGUUUAAGAUUGAAAUCCCUAAGUAGGGUUCAAACGUGAUAUUAAAAACCAAAGGCUAGGACCUGCGUCUCUAACCUUCCAUCGGCAGCCGUCUCUUCCCCCCGAAAGAGUUUUCAUUCCUUUCAAUUUGUGAUCAAAGUUUUUCUUAGUUCAUCAAAUCUUAGACCUGAUAUAAAAGAGGAGCUUGCCGGAAGACGUUAUCAGGGUGCCAUACUUAUUUGAGUAGUUUCAGUUCAGCUAAUACAGAUACUAAAGGUAAGGCCAAGGCCUAGGAAGGUGAUGAGAGAGUGGAACGCGUGCCAAGAUGAGUUGACGGGGACGACCUUGGCGGCUUCCAGCUAGCUAUUAUUAUGUCUCAUUAUUUUAGAUAUUACUCUAAGGAGUUUAUUAUUAUUAUUACUUUUUUUAUUUAUGGUUUGAAGUUUGAAUAAAUUCCUGGAUCCAGGUGGUUGUCACAUUUGCUAGUGAUAACUAGAAUUUUAAUGAGUUUUAUUUGGAGUUACAUCUUAGGUAUAUUUGAGAUUUUAUCAGGGUUAUUUCUUAAACAAACGGCCGUUAUAUUGCAG